AGGUAGAUCUGUUUUGUCUUUAUUUACUACAAUCAGUCUCUGCCAGCCAUUAACUGCAAACACUUCGAAUUUUUAUCGCGGAUCUUUAUUUCACAUUAUAUUUAUAUUGAAUGUUCAUUUUUCGACAUAAGAAAGAGAUUUAAUCAAAUAUGUUGAAAGUAACUACCAUUGUAUUGCUGUGGGCGGUUUAUGUCAACUAUUGCCAAAUCGGAGAUGCUUAUAAAACUGAAGUCGCAAUAACACCAGCCCCGGUUGAGGAAUCGGCCACUAAAAAAUCGGGUUUUUUUGGUGGCAUUAAAAAAUUUUUUCGUGGAAGUGAUUCCACCACACCAAUAGCACCUGAUAUUGAAAGUACAACAAUUAAGAAUGCUUUAGGUUCACCUCAAAAGCCCCCCCUCUCACAUACCGUGCCAGCUAGAGGUUAUGAGCCGGUGUCCGGCGCUGAAAAACCUCCACCGUUGACAAUACCGAAAGCACCUUUAAUGCCUCUGGGUCCUCGGCCAAAUACGCCGCCCUCGUCUCCAGUAGCAGGAGCAUCGCAGCAGCCACCACAGUGGCCUCAGCCUCAAUCCCAACCAGAUAAAAGUCCUCAAUUGCCCUUAGCAAAUGAUCAACGAACAUUAAUUGGUCCAAAUAUUCCCACAAAACAAGACCAACCAAAAAUAUCAGGUGGGGUAAUUGGACCUUAUCAGUCACCCAGAUCUCAACCCUCUGGCAUAGAUUUGAGUUAUGGGGGUAGUCGAUCUCAACAACCGGCUCCGGCAGUUACCAACGCAGGGGGUCGAGAACCUUUUGCUAGUUUCCCUGCACCUACUACAACAACCAGUACAACCAAACCUAAAACGGUUGAUCCACAAUUUGAUUUGCGAAUGGGAACUGGCACUGAAUCUACAACGAAGAAAACUCCCAUUAAGGAAGAUUUCCCGGCUUUACCUUUACCAAAGUCGCCCACCCCCACGACUCGUUCACCCAUAAUAUCUUCAGCGUCCUCAGCCUGGAAUCAACCUUUACCUGCAGUUACCGCAGAUGUACUCAAUCAGGUUACCACUCCAAAGCCUUUAAACCCUAAUUUGCCGGUAACUGGUGGCUCAAAUAAUAGAAUAUCUUUCGUUCCACAUACGGGCACUACUACUACUAUACGUCCCGGUGCGCGUGAAAAUUCCGCUAUAAAUAAUUUAGCCACCGACGAUGAAAUCAGAACUUUAACUGAAACGUUAUAUAGCAAAGAAGUUAACAGUCAAAUAAAUUUAAUACAAGUUAAUGUUCAGGGAAAAACUCGAUCCAUUGAUAGUACCGAUGAAGCUCCACAACCGUUAUUGGAAAUCGAUGCCAAAGCUUUUGAUGCGCCCACAAUUGCCGCAAUGCGUACACUGUUUAAUAACUAUGAAAUGGAUACCAUGGUCAACGAACACGUCACUCCCAAUGAACGCAAAGAGGAAAAUGACUUUGUGGACGCUGUUAUGUCUACGAAUGUUAUGCGUCAGGCCAUGUUGUUUUUGCAAAAUAAAGGUCUAGUUAGCCCCGAUCCAAAGACCCACCGCGAUUUGGUUAAGGAGCUAUGGUUUACUCAAUAUUCGCGAGGUAAUGGUAAAAUUGGAAGCUCAGGCUUUGAACACGUCUUCGUAAACGAAGUGAAGAACGGCACAAUCAUCGGCCUACAUAACUGGGUAUAUUUCUACGACGAGGAAAAAGGCGGCCGUUUAGAUUAUAAAGGGUAUUUAAAUCAAUUGGAUUUGGGAGCGAAAGCGAAGGUUAUGAAAGUUCGUUUUACGCACAAUGGGCUGAAUAAGCCGGUCAAUACUUUAUUCAUUGGUACUUCACCUGAACUAGAAUUGGCUUUGUAUACUUUAUGCUUCCAACUAAGACCAGAUCGUACUUGUCCGGUAUCCUUGGGCGGCAGCAAUUUCGGUAUUGUUACCUACUCAUGGCGUUAUCGUGGCAAAAAUCUGAUUGGCAGCGCCUAUCCCGAGAUAUGAGGUUUAUCUAAAAAUGAAUUGAAAUUAAUAUCAGAAUUUUAA